AUGACGAAAGGCUUUAUGCUAGUCUUGUUCUGCUGCUUUUUGUGCUCGUUUAUAGUAACAUCCAGUGCAGGAGACGUUCUUCGUGCAAAUCAGACAUUAAAAAAUGAUGAAACCAUUGUUUCAGCUGGUGAUGAGUUUGAACUUGGUUUCUUUAGUCCGGGGAGUUCAAAGAAUCGGUACUUGAGCAUACGAUACAAGAAGGCAGGUGAGGCAAUCGUGUGGGUUGCCAAUCGAGAUGCUCCCCUUGCUGAUGCAUCAGGGACUCUAGCUUUAAGUAGUGAGGGCACUCUCAAAAUUUCCAAUGGCACAAACAGCACAAUUUGGUCAUCAAACUCGUCAAAAUCUAUAAAGAAUCCCGUGGCACAGUUAUUGAAGACAGGAAAUCUUGUAAUCAGGGCAGGUGAUGAUCCUGAUGCAGGUAAUUUUCUUUGGCAAAGUUUUGACUUUCCUGACAAUACUCUCCUACCAGGCAUGAAGCUAGGAAAAAAGAUAGCAAAGAACUCAUCAACUGUCCGAGAUUGGUCCUGCAGGUCAUGGAAAAGCUUUGAUGACCCUUCUCCAGGCAAUUUCCAUUUUGAGCUUGAUAUCAGUGGUUACCCGCAAGUAUUUUUAUUAAAUGGUUCUGCCAGAUAUUUCCGCACUGGUCCCUGGAAUGGUGUUAGACUCAGCGGUGUUCCUACUUCCGGUCAAAAUGACACAAUUAUGAGCGAUUUUGUUUUUAAUGAGGAUGAAAUAUAUUAUAAGUAUGAACUUGUUAGUAGUACGAUGCUUACAAGGGCAACUAUAGAGCCUGAUGGACGAGUAAUACGUUAUACAUGGAUUGACCAAAGUAAUUUGUGGGAGCAGUCUAUAUUUCUCCAGGCAGAUAACUGUGAUGUUUAUGCACACUGUGGAGCAUAUGGUAGCUGUAACAUUGAUAAGCCCUCUCGUUGUGAGUGUUUAGAAGGAUAUCAACCCAAAUUUCAGAUAUGA